GAGCGAUAAGAGGAAGAUGCCGAGAUGUCUGUUGUUCGUCCGAGAAAUAUCUUCCCAAGUUCGAUGCGCAAUCUUCGGUUCAACUACAGUGCACUGCGAUGCAUCAUCCUACGAGCCACAUAUUAAACAAAACGCUUCACUAUACCCAUUGUAUGAUACGGACGGCGCAAAACGCUUCGUAACUGCUGCUUGCGUCACGGCCAGCUGAGUUGGAGCCACGGAUCCGACGCAGAUGCUGCGCGCUACAUUCUCCGACAGCAGCAGGCGGUGAACACAGUAGUUCGUGCAAAAGGCGAAGCGGCUGCGGCGUUAUCGUUUUCCAAGGCGCAGCUCCGAUUAUGUGACGUUUCGCGUGGCAUUGUGAACGUUGACGCGUACGAUUUUUUGCCCUGCCCCGUCGCGCACUUGCCGUGGAUAUCCGUGGCCGAAGCGAACGGAAAGCUGUGACUGUCCGUGCGAGACUUGAAACCCAGCGGGCUACGAGAGUCCUCGGCGCCCGAGGGAGCAGCUAGAAAAACAAGCCGGGCAGCGCGGAACUUGUUUACGCGUCUGAUUUGCCAGGGUGCGAUAACCUCCCGGCGCGGAAGAGCGGCGUGUGGCGAUGUCAAACCUGUACAACCCGAUCACCGCUUGCCUAAAGAAGCACGCUGGGCGUGAGGAUGCCGCCGAGCAGAAGGCAAAGGACGACGAAAAAAAGCCGUCGACGGGCAUCGCUUCGAACGCGGCUCCGAGCGGCUGGGUUCAGGGCAUAGCCUCUGGAGUCUACAACGUCGGUGCCGGAGGCGCCAAGUGGGUGGCAUCGACGACAUACAACGUGGGAGCCACUGUCCUGGGAACUGGAGCCAGCGUCUUGGGUACCGGAACUAACCUGGCCCGCAAGGUGGUCGCCCCCAAGGACAAGUCCAAGGACGAGUGAAAGAGCGCGACACCUUUGUGGCGCACGAGGACAGUCGCGGUGUGAACAGUUUGCCUUCGAGAAGGCGGCAGCACUUUUGUCCAUGUAUACCUCGCGAUACUAAUUUGCCAUAACGUGGGCGACACAUUUGCCAGCAUGCGGCCUGACACGACGCGAUUCUCGGAAGUGAAGAAAAGGAAUUCAAGAGCGGGCACAGACGGGUGAAUCAAGAGUUGGCAUUUGCGCCAUGUACGGGUCAUAUGAAAGCGCCCGCCUGCAAUUCCCAGCAGCGUGUAUUGCCUUGUGCUGGCAUAUUUGUUGCAUGCUUAGAGUUGGCAAUCUUAUUUUUAAAAGUUGAAGGACAUUAGGUGCAAGAUGUCUUGACAAAAUUGUUUUGCACUCUCGCAGCAUUUUUAAUAUUUGAUACACUUGUCCGGAAGCCCGCAUUGACCAUUGUGUGCCUUACAAAAAAAUUUUGCAAUGUUGUUCGAAGCUAUGGCCCAAUCUUCACUAGCACAGAUGAAAGUCCUGUACAAUCUACAAGGGCAUGCCCCGACACCAGUUUCAUGCAAUUUUGUUGCAUUGCACAUCAGUCCACUUGGAGAACUGGGCAUCUGUUUUAGUUUGCAUGGUACUGUGGCAUGCUUGUCAUGUGGCAUGUUCUUGUAACUUUCAUUUACAGUGUUUUGGUGUGACACAUAUAUUCAGUCCAUAUUGCACAGCGGUGUUUGCUUAUGGGACCAACUGGUGUGCUUUUGAAAUUGUUGUAGCCAUGUAAACAGUGUUGAAAAAGCUUCUUUUUGAGAAUUUCCAGGCUCACUGCUGGUUCAGAUAAGACUUCAUUGCAAUAACGCAGAAGGCAUUCUUAAAGCCGUGUAGUUUAUAACUAGUCUUGCUCGUGCAUCAGAGGAAUGCUGUCGUUGCAUUCACUAGGUCUGUCUUAUUGCUAAAUUGCUCCACUGCUUUUAUCCUGACCUCGGGGCAUGCACUUAUCAACAUAAUUGCCAUUGGACUACCUCAUGAGUGACACACAAAGAAAAAGCUUUAACGAUGCAGCCUUCCAUUAUGAUGCAAGAUUUCACUGUGUCAUUGCCCGAUAGGAGCAGGGUGCAUAUUUUCCUGUCUCUUAGCAAGCUUUAAUCAGAUGUGCCAACUGGUGCCGGACGUUCUUACAGGGCAUUCACAUUUUGCAAACAUUUGUCUUUUGCACCCCUGUGUUCAAAUGUACUAGUCAGAAAUGUGACAAGAGAUCACUAAUAGGGUGACCUAUAGUCACUAUUAUGACCUCUGGUCAUUGUAAUGGUGGUCCGAAUGUAAAAGACUGCUUGACACAAGCUCAAGCACUUGCAGCUUGUGUCACUUGCAGCUCAACAAGUAUGGUGAACAAGCAAAUGCACGCUAAAGUCCAAACACUGACUAAUGCCAGAAAGCUGCAAGCUUUUGUAAAGCACGACAUUGUACUUUGAUCUCUUUAAAGCGUCUUACAUGUAAGGUCAUUCCAUGCAUGCAUAUAUUUUCCAACAUGCAAGCACUCAUCGGCAUUGAGAGGAAUAGACGGAAAACCAGUCCAAUAUGCAUUUAAUGUACUCAAGAUCAUUGCCACCAAUUGGUUUUUUUGUUUUCUCCUCGCUCGAGUAGUGUACCAAUUGUUCAUCAAAAUGGGAUACAAACAAAAGGUUUCAGUGUCAACAAAAUGUUGGGCAUGAGAUACAAUUGAAUGAAUCACACUGGUAUGAAAAUGGUGAGCUUUUCCCAAAUAUGAACAUACAUAUAUUACAAAGGUUCCAGGAGCAAAAAAAUAAUAAAAUGAAGCAUGCCACACUCGUCAUUUGGCAGCUACUGUUAUGGUGCUUUUGCGAGUGCUUUGGUCAUACUG